UAAGCCCAAAUAGGAAGAAGCCACAAAUUCGCUCCUUGCUCGCAGAGAACCAUCCUUGAUUCCUUCCUCCUCCGGCAGUGACUCGCCGAUUACCAAUUCCAGUUCCUUUCUCCGGAGAUCACUCGCCGAUACUACUUCCAAUUCCAAUUCCUUCCUCAGGUGUUGAGACGAUUCUUUGAAAACAAGGUUGGACUUUGUUGGAACUAGGGAAUAGAUAAUGGGGUUCGUGUUGCUGGUUUAUGCUUGAAGAUCGAUUGAAUUACAUGUAUAGGAAAUUGGAUGAAGAAAUCAAAGGAUCCAUUUGAGAUUGCUUUUGAAGAGCAGGAAGAUUCUCCACCAGAAUCCCCUGUUGGUGUCGAUGAAAAUGAAACACAAACCUCAGCUGGCCCAAAUACUAAUGUUACUGGAGAAUUUGAACAAAGCGCCAAAGUACUUGCUGCAGGUCCUUCAACUUCUGCUCCCGUAUCGAUAGGGAGAACUGGUCCGGCUGGAAAAAAUAAGGACGACGAUGAGGAAGAAGAAGAAGAGAACAUGGAUGUUGAACUUGGCAAGUUGCGGAGUGGUGAUCCUGCAAAAACAGCCAAAAUGCAGGAAAUUUUAGCGCAUUUUACGGAGGAGCAAAUGAGUAGGUACGAGUCGUUUAGAAGAUCCGGAUUUCAGAAAUCCAAUAUGAAACGGUUAUUGACAAGCAUUACCGGAAGCGCCAAAAUAUCUAUACCUAUGACCAUUGUGGUAUCUGGAAUUGCAAAAAUGUUCGUUGGCGAGCUGGUUGAAACAGCGCGGAUUGUAAUGGGAGAGCGAAGGGACUCCGGACCGAUCAGGCCAAGCCACAUGAGGGAAGCUUAUAGAAGAUUAAAGCUCGAAGGCAAGAUCCCGAAGCGAUCCGUGCCAAGGCUUUUCCGCUGAGCGAACACGAAUCCAUUUAGGUACUUUGUCGCUUGCCUCUCCCGGUACCAUAGUAUUUUUAUGAUGUUUUAAUAUUUGUUUCAUUAGGGAGUCGGGUGUGUUAUGGUUGUGGGAUUGGCUCCAAACUCCGGCAAUAACAUUGCUCUUUUCCCUUCAA